AGAGAGAGAGAGAGAGAGAGAGCGAACGAUCAAAAGGCCGCCUCGUUACGCCACGCCCGACCCUCGAUGCCGAUUGGUUGCGUUUGUUGACUCAGGCAGCGCGCUUAGCCACUCGUCCCGGGGUCUGCUGUCAACGGUUCCGGUUGCACGUACGGCUCGUUCCGGGUGUUUUUAGGAGCAGAAGACAAGAAGAAGAGGAGGGCAGGAAAAAAAGUAAGAACCGAGUGAUCGAGUGGUCCCGGCGCCGCCGUGGCGACACCAAGGCAGACAGCAGAAGGAAGGUCGUGUAAUUAAAAAAAUAUUUAUGAAUCCCUGACAGACAGAGGGCCCCAGUGUGGUUCUGCUGCUGCUGCUGCUGCUGCUUGUAUCGUUGCACAGUCAGCCAGUCAGCGAGAACACGGAGUGCACGUGAAGUGUGGCACGAGGGUUUGUGAUUCGUAAAGACUCUCUUCCCUUUUUUGCGACAUUCACGCCAACGACAACGACGACAACGACGACAACGACGACGACGAGUAGUGUCGAGGGAAGAAAGGAACGAAACGAAGGCCAAGAAGUUAAUUGCGGUCGAGUGUGCGCGCUCUGUCAAAACACACAGCUAAUAGUGACACUCUUUUUGGAGGGAAGUGGUUCCCAGAGAGAGAGAGAGAAGGAGAGAGAGAGGAAGAGAGUGCGGUUAUAUAUUGCCUGGUGCCUGGUGCUGCAGCCAUCGUCUCCACCAUCGGGGGGGCUGCUGAUGGGGUGGGCUAUUUAAUUCAAUAAAAUAAAGGAGUUGAUGCUUGCACAAUCCACCUUCCCGCAGUGCACGGUGCUACUGGUGCGGGGCGGUUAUGCUGCUGCUGAUGCUGCACAUAAUUUACACCAAGAGUGUGUUUCAUGACGUGCUACGAUUUCACUCCGUUGCCCUCUGCUCGCUCUGAGAGUUUCCGUUCGAUCGAUCGUGGGGUCACGCGUGUGAUUGUGAAAGAGCUGUUUAGCGGUCCGUUUCGUAGCAUCGAAGGUGGCUAUAAGAUAAGUGACAGUUUUCGUUUCGGUCGGCAUCAUUUCGCGUUCGCAUCUCAGCAGCCCUCGAGCCCGGAAAAGUAUGCUACCGGCAUCCAGUGAAUAGUGACUCCGCAACGUUAACGUUGCUCGCUCGCGAAUAAAAUAAGUGGAAAACGAACGAAACGGACUCCCGGGGUGGUGAUGAUUGGUGGAAAUUGGUGCAAGAUGGAUACGGAAAGCAGUGUGGCAGCUUCUCGCCGGUCCUCGCGGUCCAUCGGAUACAUCGGUGCGAUGAAACGGUUCGUCAGCUUCGCGAUUCUGCUUCAGAUCAUCGCCAAUUGUGAUUAUGGCUUCGGUGCGAUUCGAUCGGUUCAGUUGGUGGUGGAACCACCGGCCGUGCGCCGUGGCCAACACGCCACCCUACGCUGUCUGUACGAGCUGGACGAUUCGCCGCUCUACUCGGUCAAGUUCUAUCGAGGUUUGCGCGAGUUCUACCGCUACUCACCGAGCCAGCUACCGAGCAAGAAGAUCUUCCCCUUCCCCGGCAUCAACGUUGACGCCUCACUGUCCGACAACCGGCAGGUCGUCAUCAAGAACGUUGGCUUCGGACUGUCCGGCAACUUUUCCUGUGAAGUGACGGCCGAUGCGCCAUCCUUUUCCACCGCCACCGAGCAGGCCAGCAUGCAAGUAGUGGAGCUACCGGAUAGCGGUCCCACCCUUUGGACAGAACAUUCCCGGUACGAACCGGGUGAUGUGUUGAGGGCGAACUGUACUUCCCAGCCAUCUCGACCGAAGGCAGAGUUGACGCUAACACUGAACAACAUGGUGGUAUACACCUCGCACGAAGAGACGCGAACAACGACGGACAACCUCAUCUCGAGCAGCCUGACGCUCCGGUUGCAUCUUCAAAGCUCACACUUCGGAUCGGGGCUGCUGCCGGGGCUCGGUGGUUCCGUUGGUGGGCCGGCCGGUGGAGCCCUGCUGCUACGGUGUACCGCCACCAUCGGCAAGCUGUACGAACGGUACACGGAACUGGAAUUGGGCGUUCCCCAGCGGGAUCCCAUACCGGCCAGAGUGACAUCAUCUAGUGCCACCAGGAUACUGCCAGGCAUCGUUGGAGGGCUCGCUGGCAGCUUAACCGGUUGGUUGCUGAUCGCAAUCACUCUCAUGACGCUCGCACAGGCGAUGAUCCACAAUCCAGCUCUGGACCUUCUGACCACCACCAGUCACAGCUCGAUCCUUCAAAGAUAGUUUGCUAACCGAACGACCGUAAUGCAGUGUCGCUGUGAGCGCUAGACAGGCUGAGAUAAGGAUGCUGGAUUCCCUGAUUCCGCUGAUCAUGGGAUGAGCGUAAUCCCUAUUUGGCCACAAUCAUUGCUACACUUUCAUUACGCACUCGACUGCUACUAGCAAUGCUACUGAGGGUUUUUACAAGCACACUUACCGACACACAGACACGCAAGAACAGACACAAAUACACACAUCACAAACGGAGCUUACUGAAAGUAUUGGCGGCAGCAGCAACAGUUAUUGCAGUAAUCGAAAAUGCGUGAAAUGCGGUUUGUGUUGAUAUUGAUACCAGCCACCCUUUUCCCCCUCACCACCCACAAAAAAACCUUCUCUCCCACGACAUACUUUGCCGUGAAAUUGCCAGAAACCCAAACAUAAUGUUAAUGAUGUAAUGUAAACCGAUAGGGGUGAGGUGGUAGCAACCAAUCGUGUCGAUGGUUCCAUGGGAUAAUUAUGAUCAUUAUUAGGAUGAUACUGAUGUGGCCGAUGAUGCUGAUGAUGGUGAUGAGUGUGGUGCAGCAGGUUUCUGGCAAACGUUAUUUACCGGUUUGGGAACGGUUAAGGGGAUUGCGCGACUCCCGCUCCAGCGCGAAUCCAGUGUCGAUGCAAUUGACGCUCUUGUCGCUGGAACAUCAUUUGCACCCUGUCUAAUCAAUCGAAACGACUCCAUCACCGUUAUGCAAAGAGUAAUUCCGAACAUCCAAUAAAUACGCAAAACACUCUCGCCGCUGAUGCUCCCAGCAUACGCAGAACGCUUUGCUCACCGGUGCAAAAGUUCAUCACAUCGGUUUGGCGUUUGAUGUUCACUCAGCGAUCCCCGCCCAAAUAAAAAAAAAUGGAGUCAAUGCAUCAACAUCUCCCCGGUUGAUGCAUUUUAAAAAGGACGAUCUAACGAUACCGCGCCGGAAAAAUAAUUAGCUACGAAAAUGGAAUACAAACAUGGCAAUGGUGUAAUGGCAUCAGCGUGCCAGCUCCGGUAUUGCAAUCGGUAUGCAAAUCGUGGGCCCACAAGUGGUAUUGGAAAACGUUUCGCUUCUAGCGUUGAUGGCAAUUAUUGUGACCAUUCGUCGUAGCGUCGUUUGCAUUCGCUAAAUGUUGUCAUUAUGAAAAGAAGGUCCUCUCAAGUCUCUAUUGAGCUCGAAAUAUUCUGCGCCAAAAUGCGCCCCAAGUAGGAGUUCAAUCAGUGGUGCACUCCGUCGAUACACGUCGAUAGAUUCUCGUGUUGUGAUAGGAUCUCCCAAAGAGGAGCUGCAGUAACUAGUUCUCUGCUGCUGCAGCAGCACUUGGUGCAAUCAAGUCGAGCGAACCGAGGCACCACCACCAUCGAACUGAUGAUGAUGAUGAUGCUGCUCCGGAUACUCUGCCAUGAUGCUAGUGCACAGUGCGAGAUCACGGAGGACGAGGUCCCGCGAACCGGUGCCAGUGUGGAGGGAAAAUUUAAUUGAAAAUGAAUAAAUGAAGUUAUGCUUGCCUUGGUGCGCUUUCUUUUGAUGUUUCGAUUACCAUCGCACCGGACUGGUGGCACGAAAAAGAACCGAUAAACGGGUAAAAAACCAGCGAAUGCUGCACGAAACGGAACGGAACGGAACUGUAAUGCGAGGGAAUGAUCGUCACAGAUGAACGGUUUCCACGACCGUUUUGAACCUCAAAUUGGAUCCCUCUUUUUUGCUUUGCUGCACUGCUUGUCCACAUUCCGUUUAACAUUUAAUGGGCACCCCAUCAGUGUUUGGAGAGCAAAAUUGAACUCUGUUAAUGUCCGUGCCAUGUGAUAGGCAUCGAUCCCACAUGGAAAGGCUCCACGAUCGGCACGUGGCACUUGAGCUACCGAACGGAAUUGAUAGCCCCCCGGGGGGGUUUUGGUACGUGCUGGAGGGAGCGUGUAAACAUUGGAUUUGAAAUCAACGCCGAGCUUAAUUACGAUCGAAUCAUGCCUUAAGCAUUUUGCGUAUCCUUUCGCUUCACGUGUUAACCAAUGAAAAGCAACAACCGAAGCGGCACGUAAAGUGAAAUGUUUCAAUUUAAUAAGCUAGUUACUGGAACGGCAUUACCUCUGCGAUGCAAUGCUGCAUUCUGAGUCAACAAAAGCACAAAUUUGAGUGGUUCUUUAAUGCCUGCGCCGGCACCUGUACAGCAGGAGCGCUGCUUUAAGAUAACAAAUUCCACCUUUUUGGGGCCAUCACGCGCUCACGAUCUGCUUCAAUUUGCGUAAAGUAGCGAUGGAUGGAUCCGUGGUGCCCCCCCGGGUGUAGGGGGUGCAUAAAGCACCAUUUGUGGCCUCCAUGCAGGCGCGCGUUGGGAGCGAAACUUGACAAAAAUGCAAAAAAGGCACCGAAAGGGACCACGUGCCACCUUUCCAUUUGGGUGUUUCGGGUGAUGGAAAGGAUGGAAGGGAUGGCAAAUGGCAUGCAUCGUCGUCGUCGUCGUCGUCGUGGUCGUGGUCGUCGUUGUUGGUGGAAAAUAGCCCCCGGGGGUGGGAAAUUGUUUCCAGCUCGUUGGCCAACGCAUGUGACUUGCAAAUCAAGGCCCUAUGGCUCCGGGAGGGGGCGGUAUCGCAUCCGUCAACCCUUUUUGGCACCCUUUUCAUAGGGGAGGGGGUAAAGGGGAAGCCAGGGUCAACCGUUUGUUGUUUAUUGCGUCGGAUAAAUUGAUUAAUAUCAAUUGGCAGGACGAAAAUAAAUCGUCAAGGUUGUUGUGGUGUGGCGUUCGGUGAUCGAUGACUUUCGCGUCGCGGUUUGCUCCGCUUGAUGGUAGCCGUCUGAUGGAGUACCGUGGCAUCAAUUUGCGUGGAGAACGAGUUCCGCUGGCAGGCUGGCUCCGGUAGCUUGUUUAUGAAACUAAUGACACACAGUGUGUCAGUGCACCGUGCCGUGCUGUGCUGUGCCCGCUAGCCUAGCGUUCCAAACGCGAUGAUGAGUCGGUUGGGCAAUUGGACAGAAAAUCAAUUAUCCGUUCAUUAGUUACUGGUCGGCGAUUGAUUCGGUCCGGGAUGCUAGCGGUAUGUGCGAUGCGAUCGGCCAGGAAGUCGCGUCAUGAUAUUGGCUCAUAAUUAAUUUUAAAUUUAUUUAUCGGGCUCCAGUGCGUGGAGACACGUUACGGGGGAAUUGGGAGAUGUCACUGCAUCGAUACGGUUCACUGGCUCGCGCCGGCAAUCAACGCAUUGACUCAUGCGAUCGCCAAUACCCGAGUGUUCCCUGAAAUCGAACCUAAAAGGGAGCCAGGUGCAGGUGCAACACACCCAUGCAGCAUCAUCUGAAGGAGGGUAGGGAAAAAAGGAAAUGAAAUGGUGAGAUAGAGAGAGAGAGAGAGAGAGAGAGAACGGUAGAAUUAGAGGUACAACUUGAACAUAACGAUAAAUAGAUGAUUCUGUGUAUAUAGCUGUUACGGAUAAGUGCUUGAGGAAAUGGUGGAAAUGAAACCGGCGCGCCCUGAAUCCCUGGAAAGCGCGGGAGAAAUAAAGGAAAAGAGCGAGAAGGAAACACUUAAGCUAUCAGCAGCAGCGGCAUGGUGCACGGCCAGCCCUUUACGCGUUUUCGUUUUUAUUUUUUAUUCCAACUUUUGAAUCCCAAAAACCCUCCUCUUGCAGCGGGAAAGCAUCAAUCACGCUUUGCGUUUCGAUUCCAUUCCCUUCGGUGUAGGAGGUACGCAUCGUGUCACACGUCAACAGAGGCCCCCCUGGUGCCCCUUUCUUCAGGCCGCUGUACCGAACGAUGACGCUGCUAGGAUCCAUUUGCCGCCAGUGAGUGAAUGAAGAUGGAUGGAAUUGAGAGCCCAGGUUAUAUAUAUACAUAUAUGAAACUCUAAUCCCCAAUUUGUUAAUGUAAUUAGCUAAGUGCAAGGAGAAGAGCAAGUGGCAAACUGAAAGAUGGAUGGAGCGAUGGAAAAAUGCAUUAAGAAAACCCCAAACCACAAAACCGCUCGCAUAUGGAGAACGCAAAAUUAAACUAAUCUAAACUUUCAGCCAUGUUUCGGGGGCAGGCAGAGGUGGGUGUUGUGCUGAAAGACAGCCACAAAACAGUGAAAUGUUGAUUCUAGACCCCGAUGAUGUAGUUGAGUGCAGCGAAAACACGAAAACAAACCAAAUUACAAUGAAAGAACAAAGCCAACAGUUGAUAGCAGCAAAUCAUACAAAACAUAACAGCAGACAGCAUAAACCACACAGACAUACACGGAGACAGGCGGUGGCGGCGGUGGGAAAAUAGGAAAACCGUAAUAUAAUCAAAGAUGAAUGAUGAGAAUCAUAAACGGAAAAUCCGGAAAAAGGAGAAGAAAAAAAAACAAUCCGUGGAAUCAUGAAUACGUUAGGUGGCUUUUUUGUAUAGACACAGAGGGUAGGACAUAAGUGAACGAGAUUGAUAAAAGAAGAAGAAAAAAAAACACACACGAUAAAGAGAAAAAGAAGAGAAAAGAAUAGAAGAAAAAAGAGAAAUUAAACGGAACGAGCGAGCGAGAAAAGAGAGUGAGAGAGAGAGAGUGCGAUGGAGAUGUGCAUGCUGCAAAUACGAUUCAAGUGUCUAAAGUGAAAAAUGAAAAUUCUGUAAUCCGCAGCGCGCAAUGACGCAAUGGCUCGAUGCGCUAUACUCCAAAACGAGUGACAAACAGUGUGGCGGAUCGGUGGCGUAGCGUAGGCAGCGUUGUAGUCGAUGCUUGUCGCGCAGAAGGACGUGUGGGCGAGGUGAGGUAUUUGGAUAAUAUUUUCAUAACUUUCCGUUGCGAUGCAUGCCCAUCGCCAUGCCAAACAUGGUCAAACGGUAACAAUGGGUUGGCUGCUGGAUGGAGAAGAAGAAAAAAAAACCGAUGUUGAUGAUAA